AUGGAAAUUAACGUUGUGGAGAUAAUUGCUAAGCAAUGUGUUAAUGCGGAAGAUGGCUGUGUUGAAGUGAAUCGGGAUAAAACGAAGAUUCUGGUGGAGAUUGUCACUCUAAAAGCGAAAAAACUGCAUGAAACAGUUCUUGCUACCUCCUUGUAAGUCUUUACUUUCUUUGAGUUUUCCUUUUUAGGUAUGAUCAAAAUGCGGGCCCAAUUGCCGCCAAAGACGACCAUUUGUUGGCUAAUGACGUGGAAGUUUUCAAAAGGAUCGCCGAAUUUUUUGGGAUCAGUUGGGUAAAAGUUUCCCCGGAUCUUCAAACCGAUGUAACCUAUCGUAAAAAUGGAUUUCUGAGCCACAUCAGACCUGCGAUAUGCUUCUUGGAGCUGUGGAAAAGUAUUCGAUUGGUGUUUAAUGGUGAUUAUCAUAAUGAAAGUCUACAUUCUUAUGCUUUACAUUCCUUUCAAACUAUCAAAACUGAUUCCCCGGUAAGUAGCAACUACCUCUUGAUUUUUUUAGGGUUUUAACUUGUUAAUCCAUCAACUGUUGAACAUUUAUGACGUGCUCUCAUCCAGAUCCGUUUAUCCAAUAUUCUCAACUCAUAUCAUCGAUUCUGAUCCCAAUUUAUGGUUAAUGGUAUCUUUAGAAAAACUUCUAAAGGAACAAAACUUCUCAGCGGUUGAAAGAAAAAAUGAUAUUAUAAAAAAGAAAUCUUCGGAAGUGGAUUACAGUAGAUUAUGGGAGAUUUCACGGGCUUGGACGAACUGGGAGAUUUCUAAUUAUGAUUAUAUUAUGAUUCUGAAUCAGUUCUCUGGUAUGUUGAUUCAGUUUUAUUUUAUGUUUAGGUCGAAUUCACGGUGAUCCUCAUAAACAUCCGAUAUUCCCUUGGGUGGUAGACUUCACGUCUCCAGAUGGCGGAUUCAGAGAUUUGACCAAGAGUAAAUAUCGAAUUCAAAAAGGAGAUACCCAAUUGAUCGAACAAUAUAAAAGACAACCAGCACAUCACAUUCCGGAAUUACUCUCCGAACUCAGUUAUACAAUGUACAGGGCGAGAAUGGAGUCCAAGGAAAAUUUACUGAGAUUUGUGAGAAAGCAGGUAAUGAUUAUGCAAUUUAUGACGUAAUAUUACGUAACACUGACCUAAAAUUGUUUAAUUCUAGUGGCUCCCGGAAGCUUAUCCUGCAAAUAUGGCUAGGUUAUUUGAAACAACCCCUGAUGAAUGUGUCCCCGAGUUUUUCGACGAUCCCACCAUCUUCAAAUCGAUCCAUAAUGAUCUUCCAGAUCUCCAGUUACCUGAAUGGACAAAAACUCCGGAGGAAUUUAUUAAAUGGCAUAGGGAAAUGCUUGAAUCUGAAGAAGUCUCAGCCCAUCUCCAUCAUUGGAUAGAUCUUGUGUUUGGCUAUUUAGUAAGCUCCCCUUUUUUGUUAUAUUGUUUUAGUUAUCUGGGCCUGAGGCAGUGGAAGCCUUGAAUGUGCAUUUGUGUUUCGUCCGAAUCUUAGCAGAAAAUCGGACGAUGGGCGCAGUUCAAUUAUUUACAAAUCCUCAUUCAAAACGAAAAGUUAAAUCAGAAUUGAAGAAUAGUCAGGAGUUAUUACCCAUGACAUACCCAGAAGAAUACUUUCCCAUUGAUCGAUGUGAUCUGAUAAAACCAGGAGAGUCCUUUAAUCUGAGUGAAUUACUGGUUCGAUUCUAUCAGCAAAAUGUAAGCAGUGCUCCUUUUGGUUGACUAAAUUAUAUUGUUUUAGAGUGGAACAAAAGAAUAUGUAAAAGAAAGUGCGAUUAGUAUUGGGGUUACAAUUGUUGAGCUCUGUUUGCCUGAAUUCUGCCGAGACCUCGCUCCAAAUGCCAGUUUUGAUGACCGUUACAUUAGGGCUCAAGGAUUGGUGACCAAUAGACCGAGCAGAAUCCCCAGACAUCUUCGGAAAGCCCUCAGGAUAUUGUUGAAUGUAACCGAGGAAGACAAUGACUUAAAUGUAAAUGAAGGGAAGAUUGAAUAUGUUGUUUUAGAAAUACUCGUUAUCGGGUAACUUUUACAACUUGUUCUUCUUACCGUACCAGGUGUUCCCAGUCCACGCCCAUUUAUCUGUUUAUCAUGCUUUGGAUGUUGAAUUUGCUAAUGCAAUCUACAAUGAGGAUGGUAAUCAAGCGCUAAGGUGAUUAAAAAUUAGAUCUUAGAUAUGAAAAUCGAAGAAUUAUACAUGGAAAGAGUAGAUAUCCUCAAGGAUUGUGUGGAAUUCUCGGACUAUGGAUCUCUUUGGAUGGACCAUUUCAUAGAUCUGAUUCAAGAUCUUCGAUUUGCUGUUAAUGUUUGUAAAAAGUUAUUCUACAGGAUAUCUGAGUUUGCUGGAGUGGAUGAAGUCAAGAUUUUGGUGGCUCCAAUAUCCAGACUUUUCGAAUAUAAUAUCCCAAAUCUGGCUAAGGUAGGGUAACCUACACGCUGCAAUUGGUUUAGUUAUUCGACAGAAGAUUCUUGAUCCAAUUAUCCAUCAGGUUUGGGACCAAAGAAUUUUUGAAUAGUUUUCUGCCACGAGUAAUCGAAGCUUUACUCUCAGCUAAUAGUAGUCUCAGUGAGGUGUCCAAGGACAGCAUUUUAUGGUUAUCCAAGAGGUAUGGUCCUAUCCUGACUGGAAAGCAUAUUACUCCAAACAUUCUGAAACUGCUUGCUCUUUGUUUUUCUGAUCAGAGGAGAUCCAAAGUUAGUGCCACAGAAGUAAGUCUUGUUGAUAGCUUCGUAUGUUAGCACAAUAUAAUGCAUGGUUGGUAUUGGUUUUAGAUGAGUCUAGACCUAGAGACGGAAGGAGAUAAGUCCAGUCGUGUAGUGGUGGGAUGUUUAAUAGAUCUUGCUGUCAUUUAUGGCCCAGCCAUGAUUACUUUACAUUACUUGCCUUACUGUGCGGAUAUUAUCGAUCAAGGUCUGCGAAGGAUGAACCUGGUUUCGGAGUCUGCUCUAAUCUCAUCCAUGGAGCUGAUUCAAUCGUGUUGUGAUUGUUUGAGUGACAAACAGUUAAUGGACGAUCUAAACGAGCUAAUUGUUGACCGAAUAUUCGUCCCAAUCGCCAGGUUAUUAUCGUCUCCCAAUGUUUCCUUCUCCUCUGAUGACUCCAGAAGAUUGUUGGCCUGUAAAGCGAUCAGAUCAUUCCAUCUUCUGUCAUGUAGAUUAGGUGGAGAGAAUGUUCAGAGAUAUAUGAAAGUGGUCCUUCAGAAGUUAUUCUCCGCUUUCAGUAUGUUAUACGAUAUAGAAAGGGAAGAUUCGAAGGAGGUAAUAAGAGUUGGAAAAUGCUCUCCUCAUCAAUUGGUCGCUACUUUUUGUCCAGAAUUUGCUUUGCUGCUUCUGAAAGCCUUUUCUCGGAUUUGCGGGCGGAAAUAUCUGAUAGAUUUGAUACCUGACCCAGUCUUGGUGACUCAUUUGGCAAUGAAGUCCUCGGAUGAUCUACAAGAUGGUAAAGUGAUCCCAAUUCAAUCAAAGAAUCCGUUUGAAUCACUAUCUUCAAUUUUGAAGCUAUCUCAUGUUGUGGAAACACCCCCACCGUCAUCGAUCGUCGCUUCUUUUGGCAGUGGAAAUCGAUUAUUCCUUCAAGAAGAUAUGAGUGAUGAGCAUAUCAAAGAAGUGAUGCCCUCAAACUUUGAUCCUGGCUCUAACAACUCGUUGCAGUAAGUUUUGACAAUCUGUUCUUUAUAUUAUCGCACUUCUGUAAUAUUAUUUUUAGUUCAAAGAUGGGCUCAGAUGUUUCACCCCACUUGUCCGAAAAUUGGGUUCAGCGAUUCAGGUCGGCUUUGUCAGCUACCACGGAUAACCUCACUUUCGACCAAAUAAAUCUUGUCACCUACUCUGGCCACACCGGCACUGUCAAGAAGAUCCGGGUCUUGGAUAAUGAGAACUCUUUUAUCAGUGCAUCUUCUGAUAAAACCGUAAAAGUUUGGUCGAUUAAAACGUCAGAAGAGGCCUCUCAAUGUCAAUGGACCUAUCGAAAUCACACUAAACCCAUCCAAGAUGUCCUCUUUAUGCCCGUUUCUUCGAUGAUUGUCUCUGCUGACAGCUCGGUUCAUGUUUGGGAUCCGUUUAGAGGCUCGGUGAUCCAUCAAGCUAAUUGGCCAACGGGAUCUUCGGAUCAAUCGAUCGUUUCUUUACAAAAAAUUAAUAAUUAUGCGGUUGUCGCGGGUUCCAAUUCGGAUCAAGUUAUACGGUAAGUUACGAGUUACUGUGCGAUCAUUGUUAUUUUAGAGUAAUGGAUCUUCGAAUGGGAUCCUGGAGUUGUCAUUUCCUUGCCGGAAUACCUCAAAGUAAUAUAAGUGGGCUGAAAUGCCUUGCUGCUUCACCCUCAGGGCAUAAACUGGCGGUGGCCUUAAGCAAUGGGAGCAUUUCAUUAAUAGAUUCGAGAACGGGGAAACUGAUGGCCUUAUCUUUUCAACAAAACACGGAUAUUUUCAAUGUAAGCAGCAUGUGUGGUACAAAUUCUAAUUUAAUUGUUGUUUUAGAUAGAAUGGUUGGACGAAACUCACUUUGUGUCCCUUUAUGUCGAUCACUCGGUAACUGUUUGGCGGAUUGACAGUGGUUUGAAGACUGAAUAUAAACUCCCAGAAGUUGCUCAAUUCCUGUGUCGCUGUUCUGAUGAUCAAUUCCUGACCCUCAAUGCCAAUCGAAUGCGGCUUUAUUGUCGAGACAAGUGCCACAGCGAGAUCAAGUUGAGAUCCGAAUUCAUUCAAGGUCAGAUUUCUGUGAUAACACCCCUGGAUUUGAACAAUAUGUUCUUGGUCGGGUCUUCGAGCGGCAUGAUCAGAUUGUCUUGCUAA